AUGAACCAAGCAAGUCUUGAGCAGCUACGCCAUCCCGAACCAACAACUAACCCCAUUGACUAUCUUGCCGAGCCGCGAACGGACGGCAUCCGAUGUCACCAAUGCCACUAUGUGAACGACUGGAAGAAAGGCGGCAACGUCAGCGCGAGAGCGAAACAGGCAUGCAGUAUGCCGUGGACGACGGGCGUGCGGUGCCAGCGGUUCUUCCCGUCCCGGACCGGAAGCCAAUGGUUCGAGGUCAGUCGCGGCCAGCAGCCAGGCCUAGUGCCGGUUGUGGUUGACGAGGAGGCGGCGUCGCAGCAGGCCACGGAGACUCUUCGUCGACUGCGGCAGGACCACGCAGAGCAGGUCAGGGCAAGUCGCAAUGAUCUCAUUCGUACGGCCAACGACAAGCUGGAACCGAAUCCAUGGCUCCAACAGGGCCACGUCGACGCCGAGCAAGGUCGGACAUGCGGUGCUAUUCGAGGUCCAGCGGAAGGAUGUGCACAUCAAGCCCACCAGGCCGUUCGACAACCGUAUGGAGGAGGGCACUUGGGCACGGUAUCAAGACGUCUAGAGGGUCUUGCUGACGAGUUUGAGCAGUUGGCUGAGGCUGCCGGGGGCAGGGGUGGCGAGACGCCGUCAGACGCACUCCAGCAGGCAGCAUUCGACAUGCUCGUCAGCAUGCUCGACCACCAGCUCAAGAAAGGGCAUUACGAUAAUGCGUUGGUGAGCGCGCUCGCCGUCAUGGGUUUCCGGGCCGACGGUGGCUGGGUCGACAUUACGGACUAUACGACAAAGUACUCGGCCAUUAUCAAAGUCGCACUCACCACGAUGAGCGAGGAAGCGGCCGACGACAGCGUACAUAGUAUCUUGGCCUAUGUACGAAGCACGGUACAGAGGUUCAUGACCUACCGCACGACGGGCGGAGGCGAACAUAGCACUCCAUACACGGACAGUAGCCAGGCAGGGGAGCGUCAGCACGUAUCGCUGCCCCAUAUCCACUGGGCGUCGAUCGAGGACGACUGCAGGGAGGCGCCCAAGGAGUACUCGUUUCUGCGCGAUAACCGUAACGCUUGGCUAAGGCAAGGAGACGACUGGGUGUUUCGGCGCAUCGCUGCGCGCCGGGAGAGGCGGCUAGGGUGGGGCGUAGAGGGACGGACGACCGGCCGCGGCGGGCUCCGGGCGGAGGCGGACGGCAUCUCCAAACAGGCCCACUACUAUAGAUAG